AUGGCUCUCUUCUGUGAUGGGUCAAUAGAGAACUGCAAACAUUCACAUGCUGCUGUUUCUGCUCAGUUGUCAACUCAUGGGAUAUCCAUUUUCCCAGUUUGGACACACAAUCAAGAUCCUGCAAAUGCCAGUGAAUGGUUGAAAGGAUCAAAUGGAGUGCUGUGGCUAAUUCUUCAACCAUUUUCAGUGGAUUCUCCUCAACAGCUGCUCACAGAAGUUUGUUUUGCAGAUGUUUCAUACAAUUUUGUCGUAGAACAGCAACCAAUCGGAAGACUGCUCUUCAGACAAUUUUGUGAAACCAGAUCUAAUUAUAAUAAAUGUAAUAAUUUCUUAGAUGCAGUGGUUCAUUAUGAAGUUCAGUUGGAUGAAGAUAGGCCUGCUGUUGCUCAGGAAGUCUAUAAUAAAUACCUCAUACCGGAGUCUAAUGAAUUUGUCGAUGUCGUCAAUGAGGAUUUACGAGAGAAAUGUAAAUCCAAGUUGGAAAUAGCCGAAAAAGAACUUUUUGUGGAAUGUGCCAAGUAAGUUAUGGUUAUAAACUUAAAACAAUAAUACAGUGGAACCUCGCUUAAUGAGCAUAAUUCGUUCCAGAAUCUUGCUCAUAAUGUGAAACACUUGUUAAGCAAAAUAAUUUUUCCCAUAUAAAUUAAUGUAAAAUACGAUAUUGCAUUCCAUACUGAAAAAAAUACUCAAAUAUUUUAUGUAUAACAUUUAUUCAAAGAAAAUUAUACAAUAUAUAUUGU